AUGUCUUCAUAUCAUGGUAGUUUAUCAACAUGUUCACUGCCAAUAUUAAAACAACUAUUAGCUACAGAACCUGAACGAAAUGCAAUGGGGUAUCCAUCUGAUGAUUAUGUCAGUUUGUUAAAAUGCAUUAUCUUUUUAUCUAGUUAUAAUGAACCACUGUUAGUUAGUACAGUUACAAGAUUAAAACAAUGUGCAAAUGAAAAUAAGAUUCAUGGGGUGAUGGUACGCUGGAAUGAUGUAAAAUUCUUAUGUGGUCUAAAUUCAUUAAUUAUUCGAACAAUUGAUUACUUGGAAAAACAUCGUGAAGGAUUAUAUGGUGAAAAACCAUAUAAGAAAAGUUUUAUAUUAGAAAAGUUUAUUAAUGGCAAUAUAAUAAAUAAAAGUCGAGUUCAGCUUUUUGCUAAUAUAAGUGAUUUAGCGUUAAUUGAACCAAAUUGA